CCCGACGUCCCGGAGAAACAAAACGGCGGUGAGCAGUUAGAGAGGCGGAGAGAGAGAGAGCUGGUAUUCAUCUUCUUCCUUUUCUUUAAUACAUAUUUUAAAAUUUCAUUAGAUAUGGCUACAACAGGAGCCUCCUCCAUGCUCACAUAGCAGGUUAAAGGGAUCAAGAGGCGCGUUUUCUCCUGCAGCCUGCUUUUAAUCUGUCUGGCGGAAGAAUGAGAGAGUGUUGACACCACGGAGAGAUCCACGCGCAGACCCACUAUGGCUGUGAACGCGGCGUCCAGCUUCAGUUUUUGCCGUGCCUCUCUGGAGCACACGGUGUCUGCUGAGGAGCUGAGCUACCAGCUGCCGCGUCGCGCCGGAGGCAGCAACCUGACCUGGCACGACGGCCGCGGACAGAGGACUGCGCACACACACACUGUCAAAUUACUGCAGCAGCCUGGCACAGAGGGUAUCCAGCUGGAUCCGGGUGAAGCAUUCACCGUCUAUCACACCAGUCCUACCCUGUCCAGUCUGUCCAAACCUGUGGUGUUGUGGACGCAACAGGAUGUCUGCAAGUGGCUUAAGAAACACUGUCCUCACAACUACCUGACCUACGUAGAAGCAUUUUCCCACCACGCCAUCACAGGACGGGCGUUGCUGCGUUUAAACGGGGAGAAGCUGGAGAGGAUGGGAAUCGUGCAGGACACUCUAAGACAGGAGGUCCUCCAGCAAGUCCUCCAGCUGCAAGUCAGAGAAGAGGUUCGCAACUUGCAGCUUCUCAGCAGAGCCUCCUUUGGAAAUUUCUCUUAGCUCAUCUUCAGAUCUGUUUGGCAGCCCUUCCCCUCGUCCCCUGUCACAAUGCGUCUCCAAGAGCCACGGAAGAGCUGCUAUCUUCAGAUAUGUGAGCGGAGAACCAACAAGUGAAAGGGCGAGAAGACGAGCCUAUAGACUGCAUGCCAACUGGUCCGGAGGAUUCUCAUUCAACACGGCCAAUCUGGUCCCUAUAGGCGCUGACACAGAGACAAAGCCCUGUUCAAAGCGGGGAUAUCCUCCGGAACAAAUUGAUGCAAUGAAAGAUUCACUGUUCUGGUGAUGGUGGCUCCUCUAAACUUAAUGAUAUUGGCAAUUAGUGCAUUGAAAAAGCAGAUUUAUAUGCAGCACUAUGACUUAGGCGACAAUUCAAAACCUGAUCGGUAUCAACUGAAUGUCAUUCUCACAAUAAAUCUUUUUGUAUCGUCACUUGUUAAUGAGGAAUUAGAUAUAUAUAAACAUAGAUGUGUGUUGUAGAGUAAUGCACACUUUAAUCUGUGUGUUUUAGUGUUUGUUGAGAGAGCUGAGAAGUCGCUGAUAUUUACUGACUGUCUAAUUAAAGCAAUAAUUUACAGAUCACAAUGUUAAAAGAUAGAGAAAUGUCACAGACAUGAUGUCUAAAAAUCACCUCCACUGAAUUAUAAGCAUCUGUAAAAGAGGAGGAAAAGUAGUCUUCAACUCAAUAAUCAAUACCAUCUGUCCCUCACAGACGCUGGAAGGUAGGACGAACCUCUGUUGUGUUCUGUCCUGGUUUGUCUCCGGUGUGACAUUGGACUUUCUGUAAUGCACAUAAAUUAAAUUACCUAACAAUGAAGGCAAGAUUCCCAAAGUGACUGAAGCCUGAAUAUUGGAUAUAGCUCAAGGUAGGAAGAUGAUGUUUGUGUGGCAUAAAUAAAAUAAUCAAACACCCUAUAAACAACACCUGCUCAUCCAAAUGUUCUUUUAUCUACCCUGUGACAAGGAGCUGAUGGAUGAUGCGAGUUACUGACUGUUAAAAGGGAGAAAACACUGUGUUAUUUUUAGGAUUCUACCUGAUGUACUGUAAAUAUACCAACACAGAUAAACUGUGUGGGGGAUCAUUGUGGAAACUGUCUUUUUUUUUUUUUUUUGGAAUAAACUCAUUGAGA